GACGGCUUCACGAUCAAGUCGGCGAAGUUUCAGUUUCGGCGUGGCAUGGGCGAGGAGCUGCAUGGGCUGCUCCCCAACCUCCUGGAGUGGGUCCUGCCAAAGUACAAGAACAAGGUUUUCUGUUGGGUGCAAGACCAUGUGAAUUCCUACAUGCACGGCUAUCAGAGUAAUCGGCAAGUGUUGAAUCACGUGCAGGUGUUACAGCCGGGCACGGAUGACAGAUGCCUGCUGGUGGGUGAGUUGGAGAUGGUGGAGAUGUCGAAGUCUCAGCUCGGAGACGACACGCCACCGCACAGACACAGCCCACGAUCGGGUAUUGGGGAAGCUGGGGAGGAGAAGGAGGAAGAAGAGGACGUCUUCAUGCAUCUAGAGAUGCGGCACUUCUUCUUCCGGUGA